GCUCAGUGUGUUAGACACUAACCAUGCCGAGACUCGCGCGGUUUCUUGCUACGAUUUCUAACCGACUUCGUCACCCGAUAUGAAACACGUGCUGUCCAAUCCUUGCUCUCCUAUUUGACGAAACAUUCAUUGAUCAGAGAGGCCAGUACUGUUUUCUGUGGACAACCUCGGGAAUUAUAUGCACUUGUUUGCCAAACGUGAUCAUUUGGAUUAGGCUACCAACAUUGAUUACGCGCAGCUCCGGUCAGGACAUCACGUUUUAAAAACAAUUCAUGAAAACGGAGUUAGUCUAUCCCUGGAUUGUCGACGCAGCUAUUCUGAAAAGGGAUGAGAGCGAGUCGCCCUAAGGGGAAAUCCAAGCAUGUUUGCGAUCACACACCCAGGAUUUGACAGACCGUCCCCUGCUCUUUGACCGGUAAAUGUGUGUGUGAAAUGUGUUCUCGGUGAGAUGAUUAAGAUUUACACAAGUGGCAUGAGCGCUUGUCUCAAGGAAAUGCGGUGUGUAUGCUGUCUGUCACUCAAGAACAUCUGAUUUAAUUACAUUUGAUCAAGUUUGUCUAUCCUUGGCCUCUGAACUUCUCAGUCCCAAUAUAUCCAUGUAGGCUGUACGACUACUCCUGCCAUACACCCGGUCUGAAACGAAAGCAAACGUGUGACAGAAAUUCGGAAUUGUGUUUCUAGUGCUGUCCUGCUGAUCUCGAGCGCAGACUACAGUCUCCGAAUUGUUCUGGUUGCACUCGUUGAUGUUUCGCUGGGUGUCAGUGACGCACCACCUCGCACAGUGUGGACGAAAAACAUAGAAACACACAGAAGAGGGGCGUGAACUCAGUCUGUAACCUCCCAUUAAUAAGACCCUUCGCUUAGGCAUUGCCUAAACCCCCAGGUUUCUUCACUCUGACAGCGGUCAUCAUGGAUCUCAAAUCGGAGCCUGAAGAGAUGGAAUACAAGCAACCGGUGCCCAUUGAAGUUUUCGCGAGCAGGUCCACUCUUCACGGGAUCUCGCACAUGUUCACUUAUCAACGGAUCUGCAUCAAGCGCUGCCUUUGGAUUCUAUUCUUUCUGGGUUCCUUGUCCUUCCUGGUGCUGGUGUCUGUGGACCGCGUCCAGUUCUACUUCGAGUACCCUCACAUCACCAAACUGGACGAGGUGUCGGCGCCGCUCAUGAUUUUCCCCGCCGUCACCUUCUGCAACCUGAAUUCCUUUCGCUUCGGUCGAGUGACGCGCAACGACCUGUACCACGCCGGAGAACUACUGGCUUUACUCAACGGAAGAUAUGAGAUCCGGGACACUCACAUGGUGGAGGAGAGCGUCCUCCAGAUCCUCCGAGAGAGGGCCGACUUCGACAGCUACAAGCCCCGCCCCUUCAACAUGCGCGAGUUCUACGACCGCACGGGCCACGACAUCAAAGACAUGCUGCUGUCUUGCUUCUACCGAGGCAUGGAGUGCAGCGCCGAGGACUUCAAAGUGAUCUUCACACGCUACGGGAAGUGCUACACCUUUAACUCGGGCCAAGAUGGCCGCCCGCUCCUGGUGACCAUGAAGGGAGGUAUGGGGAACGGCCUGGAGCUGAUGCUGGACAUCCAGCAGGACGAGUACCUGCCUGUGUGGGGAGAGACCGACGAGACGUCGUUCGAGGCGGGAAUAAAGGUGCAGAUCCACACCCAGGACGAACCACCUUUCAUUGACCAGCUAGGCUUCGGGGUGGCUCCGGGCUUCCAGACCUUCGUUUCCUGCCAGGAACAAAGGCUGACGUACCUGCCCCCUCCUUGGGGAGAUUGCAAGUCGACGCCCAUGGACUCGGACUUCUUCAGCAGCUACAGCCUCACGGCCUGCCGUAUCGACUGUGAAACGCGCUACCUGGUGGAGAACUGCAACUGCCGCAUGGUGCACAUGCCUGGAGAUGCCCCCUACUGCACCCCUGAGCAGUAUAAGGAAUGUGCCGAUCCUGCCCUGGACUUCCUGGUGGAGAGGGACAACGACUACUGUGUGUGUGAGACUCCGUGCAACAUGACACGCUUCGGCAAGGAGAUGUCCUUCGUCAGGAUCCCCAGCAAGGCAUCAGCCAAGUACCUGGCAAAGAAGUACAACAAGACCGAGCAGUACAUUGCGGACAACAUCCUGGUCCUUGAUAUCUUCUUCGAGGCCCUGAACUAUGAGACGAUCGAGCAAAAGAAGGCCUACGAGUUUGCGGGCCUGCUGGGUGACAUUGGCGGUCAGAUGGGUCUCUUCAUUGGAGCCAGUAUCUUGACUAUCCUGGAGCUGUUUGAUUAUCUAUAUGAGGUGAUCAAGUACAAGCUGUGCCGCUGCUCCAAGAAGAAACACAAACGCAGCAACAACAACGACAGGGGAGCGGUUCUGAGCCUGGACGACGUCAAGCGCCAUACUCCCUGUGAGAACUUGAGGACACCAACCACGUACCCUGCCAACAUGCUACCUCACCACCCGGGACAGGGCAACUUCGAAGACUUCACCUGCUGAAUCGCCCAAUCAGAGCCCAGUGGUGAACCCAGUGGUGUCCAACCAAAGUCGACCAUACACCGACCCUGUCCAGUCAACAUGGAUUCACGCAUAAUAAAACAAAACUAAAACUAUUUUAAUAGAGAAACCUUGACAAACUGUAACAGAGAGAUGACAAAACCGACAACAACAAAAACGUAGCAAAGAAAAUAUUCCAGACGUGAAAAAUUCGGAGCAUUUGAAGAAUUGAAACCGCUCUAUAAAACGAAUAUACUUUCGAUUGUUUAUCCCAGUGUUUUUGGAAUACUGCCGCCAAGGAGACUGAAGCUCGGCAGAUAGAAGAUAGGAUCACUGCAAACCAGAGUGCAGUUCAACCGAGCGAGCAGCUUGCCUUUCUAGCAGCGGGGGCAGCAGCAGACCCAGUCUCUCUGAGGCCUGCCCUAAACGUUAAGCCUACUCCACUGUGCAUGUAGCAACAUCUCUACCUGCUGCUGGGUCCAACAGGGCUGCAGCCAGGACUCACUGGACCUCAGACGAGAAUGUAUCUCCGUAAGGAGUUGAGUCAACACGCGUGUGAGGAAGAGUGGUAGAGGUAUGUGGUAGAUAUACGCACUGUCUACCAUUUAGUGUUAAACGUAUGGUGAACGUCUUCAGGCCCCAUGGUGUAGAUGCAUGCUUGUAUCUGUCCUGUGCAUGUAUUUCUGUUAUAUAUUUUUUUUACGUUUUAUUAUUGCCAAGUUUGCCUCAAUGAUAUACAGGUAAAGGAUGUUGAUACUCCCACCUUACUAUUGUGUGUGUCUGUGUGUGUGUGUGUGGGUGUGUGUGUGUGUGUGUGUGGGGUCUUGUUAGGUGUGACCGUAUGCAUAGCAUUUAUCAAUGGGCAGAGCUUAAUUUCAGCAACAGGCCUUUUUUUUACUCAUGAAUGUAUGUUUGAGUUGUAAGAUGUUUUACAUUUACCAUUUUCUUCACCGAAGGGUUUGAGGUGGCGUCAAACAUUUAAAUUAGCACUCUAUUGAUUGGUACAGUAAGGAUUUUACUAUUAUACUAUAUAUGUUCUAGUCGCAAAUGUCAUAUCAAAGCACAAUACCACCAAUAUGUAGAGGUGAUGUAAAACUAAAGUAGUAUUCUUAUUAAUAUUGUCAUAUUAUCAAUGUCUUUUUUGAUCAUUACUGUAUUUAUCUGAAUCAUUUUAGUAAUUUCCUUUAAUACAAAAACAAGCAUUUUGCCUGGUAGUCCAGUCUCCAUCUUUUGAGGUAACAGACUGUGCUAUUUAUUUACAGUAAGAAACAAU